AUGACCCCUGGGGAAAUUGAAAUUCCAUCGUUGACAGCCCAAGAAUUGGUUAAAUCAGCCGGAUAUUCUAUCUAUGAAACUAAAUUGGUUCAAGAGUUAAAAGAGGAAGCACAGAAACGUGCAGAGCAUGAACAACAAAUUUUCAAUCGUGUACCACUUAUAGGAUCAGCAACCAAAGUUAAAGGGGCAACCGAACUAUUUGAAAAUUUCCUUAAAAUUGAUGAAGAUAAAUGC